AACUACAUUACAAAUUGUAUACUAAUUAUCCUCGCCGGGAUUUCACAACAAAUUUCCGGGGGAGUAAACAAAAUGCAAACAGUACGUGGCCUUUGCUGCAGCGAAGAAGAUUACGUGGAGCAGGAACAGCAGCAAGUGAAAUAAGGAAUCACACCGAGCCCCCAAAGGAACACUCCGUCCAAGAAGUGUGGAAGUCACCUGUGAAAGUAGAGCAACCUACCAGAAAUCGAUGUACCACUGUCACAUCAUGGUAUAUAUGCGAAUUGUGCUCACUACUUUGGUGACGAUUACGUGUCUGCUGGGCGACAAUUUCGUGGAGCUCACCCAGCACCCGCUGUUGAAGGCACUGGCGGACAAUGCGACACAUGCGGCAAUUGGUGCCCUCACCGGCAUUGCCUUUGCCAUGCAAUUUUACGAGCGCACCUCGCAGUUGUUCGGCUGGAUAUUGAUUUUCACCUGCUUUGUUGUGUCAUCGUUCAUUGACUUGGACCACUUUGUGGAGGCGCGUUCCUUAUACUUGGAGGAUGCCACCAACCUAUCGAAGCGACCCUUCCUCCACUGCUCCAGCAUCAUUGUGAUAAUGCUGCUCUUCUAUGUGUGCACUGCCUGUUUAAACUACUUCCGCACCAGCCUGAUGCUGGGAGCUCUACUUUGUGCCUUCAUCACACACCACACCCGCGAUGCCGUUCGCAGAGGCUACUGGAUCUGUCCCCUGGGCCACACGGACCGUGUGCCCCAGCUGGGCUACAUCCUCACCACAAUACUCACACCAUAUGUAUUGGGUUACCUGCACAACCUAUGUCGAAGUGCCAUAGUCUUAAAUUUCCUGGGGCAAUAUAUAAAGCUAAGCGAGGGCAACUACCGGAGUGGCUCCAGUUCCACUGCCAACUAUCGCUACAUGCAGGUCUAGGAGAUUAGAACAUUUUGUGAUAAAGCUGCAAGACAAAACCAAAAAAUGCUUCUCAAGCUUCAAGUGCUUUAAUAUUAGAUCAGCUAGAAACCAAAAGUACUUCCACACCACAUACAGGACACAAUUUUACACGGAUCUACUAAUCGCGAGUACCUUAGUUAUUUGGGGAACUAUGCUUCCCCCGUCCAACUCUGUUUAUUUAUUCUGUUAAUUAGUAGCGUAGGUUUUUACUAGCAUCUAAAAAAAUUACAGAUAAUAUCCGAAUUUGUGAUAUGUAGUCGAUAGUGAAACUAGAAGUAACGAGCAUAGCGCACAACGAUAAAUCGAACUUUAACUUCCAAACUCUGACUCUCUAACUAAUGUAAUUUGUAGGCGAAACGAAUUUUAAGCUAAUCGAACAAUAAAACUCAAUGUAAUUGCCUUAAA